CCUUCCCAUUUUUGGAGCCACAACUUCUACUUCCAAGCACAAAUAUAUAAACAUGCCACCAAACCCACCGGGGCCACGGGGGCUGCCAUUCAUCGGGAUUCUGCACCGGAUCGACGACCGAUCUCCGCACACGUACAUCCGCCGCCUCUCCAACAAGUACGGCCCCGUCAUGUCCCUCAAGCUCGGACUCCGGCCAGUCGCUGUGAUUUCCUCUGCAGAUGCCGUGAAAGAGAUCAUGAAAUCACACGAUGGAUUGAUAGACUGCUUGGUAUGAAUAAAAAGUUUGGCAAGAAUUUUCAUGACAUGGAUUCUUUCUAUGAAGAACUAAUUGAAGAGCAUAUGGAUCCGAAUAGGCCGAAAUCUAUGGAGGGAGACAUCAUUGAUGUAUUGCUACGGAUUAAAGAAAAUGGAACGACGUCGUUUGAGCUUACAUUGGACCACGUCAAAGCACUACUUAUGAAUGUUUCAGCUGCGUUCGUGUGGGCGAUGGCAGUGUUGGUGAAGAAGCCUUUGUUGAUGAAGAAAUUGCAAGCGGAGAUAAGGCAGUUAGCCGGAAAGAAAUAUUUGAUCGAUAAAAAGACAUAGAGAAACUUCCGUAUUUAAGGGCAGUUGUGAAGGAGAGUUUGAGCUUGUAUCCACCGGCUCCACUUUUAGUACUACUAGAGACGACCAAGAAAUGUAGUGUAAAUGGUUAUGAAAUCGAAGGUGGAAGUACGGUGUAUGUCAAUGCUUGGGCUAUUGCAAGAGAUCCAGCAAUGUGGGAAAACGAGGAUGAGUUCUUGCCAGAGAGGUUUUUGGAGUCUGACCUUGAUCCGAGGGGCCAGCCUCCGGAGUU